GUAUUAUUAGAGUUAACUUGACAGUAGUGUGAAGAUGGCGGCGUACAGUCGCCCUCAGCUGCUCCUGCUGCUCUUCUCCUCCGUCUGUCUCUGCGGUUUCGGUUCCGUCGUCGGAGGAUCGAAGGCAGCCAGCGGCCCGGCAGAGCCCCCCAACCCGGCCGUCCUCAGAGCCGCAGACCCCCCGCUCAAAGAUGCACCUGCUGCCGCCGCCGCCGCCGCUGGGGCCGCCGGGGCCUCACAGCCUCGAAGGGCGACCGGCUGGAAGCUGUCGGAGGAGGAGGCCUGCCGGGAGGACCUGACCCGCCUCUGCCCCAAACACACCUGGACCAACAACCUGGCCGUGCUGGAGUGUCUGCAGGACCGCAGAGAGGUAAGAGACCAGGGGGGCCACAGCGGUGCCUCCCUGCAGGUAACGGGAGUCUGCUGGGUGUGUCGCCCCGGUGGUCCAGAUCAGGGGGAUACUGAUGCAGAGGUGGACCCCUGAUGGAGGGCUGCACCUGCAUCAGGGGUCCACACAGAACCAGGUUUAAAUAAGGGACAGAGGACUUCUUUUUAAUCCAGGACAGUCCGGAUAAUCUCAGAGGUGUUUGUUAAUUUACUGUAAAUAAACCUUAAAAGGUCUGAAGAGGAGAUGAUGUGUCUCUGUUAGUGGAGUUAAUGAUGGGAACAUAAAUCUGAAAACAUGUCGGUCUGUUUUGGUUUUUAAUGGUUUUUAAUCUGUUUUUGAAGUUUAUAGGUGUGUUAGUUCUCUGUUGUUGUGGUUUCUUUGCUUUUCUGGAGGUCGGUAGAUUAAAAAGUUGAUAAUACAGGAUAGACUUAAAUAAUCAGUCUGAUUCUGCCUCUUCAGUCAAUAUUCAACAAAAGUCUUCAUUUAGUGAUUUAGUGUCAAUAUUGUGUACAACAUUUGGUGUUGUCAUGACUGAAUAAACCACUACUACUAAAACUACUGCUACUACUACUACUCUAAAACCCCCUGAUUAUGGUCCAGAUGGACUCAAACAAACAUGAUAACAGGAGGAACAGGAUAGAGAUCAGUCAAGAUCAGUCAAGAUCAGUCAUGUCUGCAGAUCUUCAGGCUCCUCUCACUCUCUGUAAUUAUUGUACAAAAAUAUAUUUUCAUGCUGGAAUAAAAAUGAGUUUUUAUUAAAUCUAAAUAAAAACUGUAACUCUAUUGGACCCAGAAUGAAAAAUGAUAUCAAACCUGUUUUUAUUUUAAUGCAAACAUUUUUUAAAUUAGAAUUUAUGGAAGGACUAAAAGACGGUCUUUUUUUAAAAUGUCAUUUCCAACAAAUCCAACAAAUCCCAGAAUCAAAUUUAUAACACAGGCGAGUGAGUUAACCCCGAACAGACAAAUCUUUCUGAUGAUGAAGAGACCGGACCACAAAAAGAGUUUCUGCGUUCAACAGUCCGGUCUGACAAACAACAGAACUGUUCAGACUUUAGAAGACUCAGGUCCACCACAGAGGACCGAAAAAGGUUCAGGUUUAGGUCAGAAAAUCUCUGAUCUUUAAAAAAGUUUAUAUCUCCACAAACAGAUAAUAAUUAUAAUUAUGUUGGAGUUUAAUGAUGAGUGUUUUUAUCGAUGGAGAAGAGAACCUGUCAUCAGGUCUUCAUCGUCAGCCUCAGAGGUCCCUGAAAGUUUCUUUAAAAGAUCAUUUUAAAAAAGAUUUUUCACUUUUUUACGUCUGAGUUUGUUCAAAAUAUGAAACAAACUAAAGAAAUAAAAUAUGAAAUAAUAUUAACAGGGUCAAGUGAGUGAAAAACUCUCCCAACAUGUCUGAGACUAAGAAGAGAAGGUGACUCCUCAGACUGAGUAAAUGAAGCUUAAAGGUAAAAUCUGUCAAUUAUUUCAAAAACAUCAUUAAAAUCUGAUUUAGGAUUAAAAACCAUAGAAGGAUAUUUUGAAGGAGUUUGUCGAUGAUGAUAAUUUAGCAUCAAUCAAUCAAACCACUUUAAAAAUAAAAAAUAAGGCUGUCAGCACCAAAGCUGCGGGGUCGACCUCUGUGUGGCGCUUCCUUCUUCGACAGUUAAACUUGUUUUUAACGCCAAACGUUUCCCUACACGCUCCAGAGAUUGGCGUCGUUUGAGAACACCUCUGCACAGGACAGCUGCUCGCCACCGCAACCUCAGAGAAGUAAUUAUCAACCAGAGAGAGGUGCGAAGUCUGGGAGUGUGUGUGUGUGUGUGUGAGUGUGUGUGUGAGUGUGUGUGUGUGAGUGUCAUCCAGCUGUCACAUGACUCUCAGAGAGGAGCUUAAACUCAUUUUUAGAGUCUCUUUGUGAUGAAGACAAACACACGCUCAGAUGUUCUCCUCUCAUGGUUCUGUGGGGACGUUUGCCUCCUACACACACACACACACACACACACACACACACACACACACACACGGAGUCAGACUCUUAGUUAAGAGUGUGUGUGAGUGGGUUGUUUCCACAUUUAACUCUCAGUUCAUCAUCCGUCUAAAGAAAGCAGAGAUCUGUCUCCUCAGUGAAUCAUGAGGUUUUGUGGUUUUGGGAGUCUGCGCAGAGAUCUCUUGAUGGUCCAGACCAUCAGACCAGACCUCGAUCUUUAGUCUGACCCAUGUGGUUUCUGAUGUUGUUGUUGUAUAACUGUCUCAUAUUCGGGUUCCUCUGUAAGUUGGACUCCGGUUGAUGUUCUCUUGUUUGUUGUUUCCUGUUCGAUGUUGUUUCUGGUCGCAGCUCUUCGCUCAGAUUUCUCUGUAAAACAAAAAUAAAUGAGGAAGUUGAUUUUUCAAUCAGAAAUGUUGAAUUAUUUUAGUUUGAAUCUUCUCAGCUGAUCCGUCCUCCUGCAGAGAGACUGUGUCUGUUUUUUCUUUGGAUCCAUCUGGUCCAGACGUCUUCAGAGCCUGCAGAUCAGUCUCUGGUUAACGGUCUCUGCUAUGACGCUGUAAUGUCCGACUACCUGGAUGUAAACAGGAACAGCUGACAGAGAAGAUUUCAUGACUGUGUUUGUCCUCUGAUGUAGAAAGUGGAGAUAUCACCGACAGAUCGAUGUGAAGUCAGAAACUGUAAAUCUGCUCAGCUGGAGGAGUCCAGAGAGUCCAGAGCUCAUCAGACCAAACUGUUUCUUUAACCAGACUGUCAACACGGUGAUGCUCUGGACCGCUGAAGAAGUUUGUCUUCGGUUUAAUUUUUGCAUCUUCACACUGAAAACAUGACGCCAGCUUCCUGUCCCUCUUACUCACUUUUGCAGCAUCAGAACUUUCUUGAAAAAUCAUUCAGGACUCUCAGCUGAAACGUUCUCAGAAAUCCUGGAGGGACUGAUUAUCAUGUCUUCUCCUGACAGUCCCUGAAAAAUAAGUCCCUGAACAUCAAUACAAUAAAAGGAACUCCGAUGGAUGUUUAAAAAAUUUAAUAAUAUUGAUUCAAAUUAACCGAACAUGAAAAAAAAAUUCAAAUUAACCAUAAUAAAUUAUCCUUAGAGUGAAAAUUGACAAACCGGCAACAAGAAUAACCACAAAAUCAACCUUCACCAAGAAAAUUAACCAAAAAUCAAAUGGAAAAUCAAAUCAAACAGAAAAUAGCAUCUCGGGUACAGAGACACCAGGCCUUAAAUUGCCAAUUUUCCCCAUGGGGUUUGGUCUAUUUUGCUCAUUGUAACUAAAACAUAAAAAAAAUGUAGAUCUAAAAUGAUUUUCAUUUUAGAUCUGAAGAAGCUUCUUGGAUAAGAGGCGAAAUGUCUUCUCAACUGUACACAGUCCAGUUGCCUGGAUGAAUGAGAAUCUAUAUGGACAUAACGCUCUGUAAAUGUUUAAGAAAUGAUGAGACCGUUUCUGAAGUCUUCUUGGAUCCUCACUGCUCAACAGUUCAGGAUCUUGUUGGUUCUGUUUUUGGGGUCAUGAUGCUCCAAAUGUCUCAGAGUCAGGACCGCAUCAGUCCAGGACUCUUCUCCUACAGAGCCAUGCUGUUGUCAGAAUGUGGUUUGGGAUCAUAUGAAGGUCUUCCCUGAAAAAGUCUUUGUCUGGAUGGAUGCAGAUGUUGCUCCUAAACCUGGAGAUAUUGUUUAAAACUGAGGAUGCAGUAUCUAUGAUUGCCAGUUCUUCGUUGAAAGAACUAACUAAGAGAUUUCAGAUUUGACUUUACAACCAUGGAGGGAUCAGACGACGAUGCUCGCCACUACACCAUCAUUCAGGCUGUUAACGUCAGGAUUAUUGACGGAUUCUCUCCAUAUAUAAAUUCUAAGAUUUGAGAUUUUUAAUCCGUGAAUUCACGUCUGAUCCUGAUGAACUCGUCUGAGCCGAUCAUUCAAUCUGAGAGAUUUACCUCGGUGUGUGUUUGGACUUCUGCUCGAGGUUCUACGAUGGUGCCCCUUAUCGACGUCAGCCCCCCGUCCCUGCCUCAGCACACUGAUGUCAACCACACACACACACACACACACACACACACACACACACACACACACACACACACACACACACACACACACACACACUCACUCACACACACACACACACACACUCCUCCAGUGGCUCUGACUGAUGUCCUCUUCACUGAGAUAAUUACUUCGCUCUGACUCUAUAACAGCUGUGACCUCCUGAAGACGUAAAUGACUCUGAUAAAUCACAGACACACACACACACACACACACACACACUCUCUCUCUCUCUCAGGGGUGUGUGGUUCCAGCGCAGUGUUUCAGUACUUAUUUGCGGUGCGAGCUCUGAUAUCCGACACUUGAUGGACGUCUGAGGAGCAGCGGCGCUUUAACAAACCGACUCGUGGAGAACUCGGACCAGCGGGCCUGAGGGCGUUUCCAGCUGUGCUCAUUAAGUCAGACCGUCACCUUCAGGCCGGAGAUCGGCAUUGUGGGUAAAAACAGUCUGCAGGGCUGCAGCCUGUCUGCCUCUUUAGUCAUCAGAGUGACUGUUUUAUUAAAGCUCCUCUAAGGGGUUUUUAACGAGGUUUGGUUUCGUCCUGAUGUUUCUUCAUGACCCACAUAAAAAUGAGAUUAUCAGAAUAAAGGCCGGUUCUUUAUACUGAGUUUUGGUGCCAGAGUUCGGCUCAGAUAGUCUCUGAUAUUUCCUCAUAAAUUUAGUUUAUUUGAGUUUUUAUUUUCCAAUACCAAUAAUUAUUAUCCAAUAAUAUUAUACCAAUAAUAAUUGCGUCUUUGAGUUCAUGAAAAGUGCUUUACAAAUAAAAUGUAUUAUUAUUAUUAUUAUUAAUACCAAUAAUUGGUUAAAAUAUAGAACAGGUUUAACUAAGUGUCGUGUCGUUGAUGUUGAUGCUGGGAGUUUGGGGCACAUGAAGGUUUUCUGACUCCAGGGGGCGCUGCGUUCUAGGGAUCCACCAAUCCGAUAUUUGGAUCGGAUAUCGGCUCCGAUAUCGACAAAUUACCUGGAUCGGAUAUCUGAUGAAUGAUGCCGUUUCAGCGUUCUGAUCCCGUCUUAUUUUUCCUUUUAAUUCAUAUCAAACACAGAAACACAGCGAUUCUGUUGACUGUCCUUUCGCACUAAAUCAGGGCUGCACUAUGUGUAGUUUGAGCGAUCCACCAAUCACGUUUGUUCUUUACUCAGAUACCAGCUGUCAGUCAAAAUUAGAGAGGAGGAAACCACGCCCCUGCACAUGGAGUGAGUUGCUGACGCUGCCGUUGUUGUGCUGAUGACAUCGUACCCACCAAGAACUACUUUGAGAACAUUCCUCAUCGCUGUUUAGCCCCACAAAUAAGAAGUGCGUGGGUUUGAAGUUGUACAUUUCCGUGGACCACUCUACUAUAAGCAGUGAGCGUUUUGUGAGGUGUAUGCAAGAGUCUCAUCUUUAUGAUGGGGGUUCACGGUGCUCAUGGGAAAUACAGUCUUGAAAUAAAACUACAAUUUUUUGUGCUAAUGGGGUUUUCCAGAAUCAACCAGAAAAGUUCCUUACUGUGUCUUUAACUGGCGAAUAAGAAGCUCCCCUCCUGUUACAGUUCCGUUUUAUUUGCCUUGUUUGCCUGUCAGAGUGAAUUACAGCCUGUGGAGGAGGAGCCUUGAGUGUUUUGGCUUCAUUUUUACUGAGCUGACAUGCCGUCCAUCUUAUUUAAGGUCUUUGUUUUCUCCUGAAACCUCUGCUUUAAAAACAGGGCGAAUUAAACAGUUUGAGGGUCAAAGAGUUUCUGCAGAACGUGGAUCUGACAGACACGGGCCUGAGACCGGGUCCAUCCUGUCCCGUAUAAAGGAUGUUGGUACAGUCUGGCGCUGCUGCAGACCAGCAGGGACUUCAGUAUGAGUGACGGCGCCGUUACAGUCGAGCCACAGUAAAGCUCUUGUUGGCUGUCAGAGGCGGACGCUCGGUCCUGUGUGUGUCACAUGACCCCUGAGGUUCCUCACCCAGCAGCUGUGUGAGCGUGUUAUUAUCAGUGUUAUUAUCAGUGUUAUUAUUAGUGUUAUUAUCGGUGUUAUUAUCUGUGUUAUUAUCAGUGUUAUCAGUGUUAUUAUCAGUGUUAUUAUUAGUGUUAUUAUCAGUGUUAUUAUCAGUGUUAUUAUUAGUGUUAUUAUAGGUGUUAUUAUCAGUGUUAUUAUCAGUGUUAUUAUCAGUGUUAUUAUCAGUGUUAUUAUUAGUGUUAUUAUCAGUGUUAUUAUCAGUGUUAUUAUCAGUGUUAUUAUCAGUGUUAUUAUUAGUGUUAUUAUCAGUGUUAUUAUCAGUGUUAUUAUCAGUGUUAUUAUUAGUAUUAUUAUCAGUGUUAUUAUCAGUGUUAUUAUCAGUGUUAUUAUCAGUGUUAUCAUCAGUGUUAUUAUCAGUGUUAUUAUCAGUGUUAUCAUCAGUGUUAUUAUUAGUGUUAUUAUCAGUGUUAUUAUUAGUGUUAUCGGUGUUAUUAUCAGUGUUAUCAGUGUUAUUAUCAGUGUUAUUAUCAGUGUUAUUAUUAGUGUUAUUAUCAGUGUUAUUAUCAGUGUUAUUAUCAGUGUUAUUAUCAGUGUUAUCAUCAGUGUUAUUAUUAGUGUUAUUAUCAGUGUUAUUAUUAGUGUUAUCGGUGUUAUUAUCAGUGUUAUCAGUGUUAUUAUCGGUGUUAUUAUCAGUGUUAUCAGUGUUAUUAUUAGUGUUAUUAUCAGUGUUAUUAUCAGUGUUAUCAGUGUUAUUAUCAGUGUUAUUAUUAGUGUUAUUAUCAGUGUUAUUAUCAGUGUUAUCAGUGUUAUUAUCAGUGUUAUUAUCAGUGUUAUUAUCGGUGUUAUUAUCAGUGUUAUUAUCAGUGUUAUUAUCAGUGUUAUCAGUGUUAUUAUUAGUGUUAUUAUCAGUGUUAUUAUCAGUGUUAUCAGUGUUAUUAUCAGUGUCAUUAUCAGUGUUAUUAUCAGUGUUAUUAUCAGUGUUAUUAUUAGUGUCAUUAUCAGUGUUAUUAUCAGUGUUAUUAUCAGUGUUAUUAUCAGUGUUAUUAUUAGUGUCAUUAUCAGUGUUAUCAGUGUUAUUAUCAGUGUUAUUAUCAGUGUUAUUAUCAGUGUUAUCAGUGUUAUUAUCAGUGUUAUUUUCAGUGUUGUUAUCAGUGUUAUUAUCAGUGUUAUUAUCAGUGUUAUCAGUGUUAUUAUCAGUGUCAUUAUCAGUGUUAUUAUCAGUGUUAUUAUCAGUGUUAUCAGUGUUAUUAUCAGUGUUAUUUUCAGUGUUGUUAUCAGUGUUAUUAUCGGUGUUAGUAUCGGUGUUAUUAUCAGUGUUAUCAGUGUUAUCAUCAGUGUUAUUAUCAGUGUUAUUAUCAGUGUUAUUAUCAGUGUUAUUAUUAUCAGUGUUAUUAUCAGUGUUAUUAUCAGUAUUAUUAUUAUCAGUGUUAUUAUCAGUGUUAUCAUCAGUGUUAUUAUCAGUGUUAUUAUCAGUGUUAUUAUCAGUAUUAUUAUUAUCAGUGUUAUUAUCAGUGUUAUUAUUAGUGUUAUUAUCAGUGUUAUCAGUGUUAUUAUCAGUGUUAUUAUCAGUGUUAUUAUCAGUGUUAUUAUCAGUGUUAUUAUUAGUGUUAUUAUCAGUGUUAUUAUCAGUGUUAUUAUCAGUGUUAUUAUCAGCCUCUCAGAGACUUGGAUGCAGAGACAUCUGCAUCAUCUCCUCAUUAAUUAAUCAGUGGUUGCCGGACUAAUUGCUGGUUGUUUUAUCUUGAAGGCAGCGGAGACUUUCUUCUCCCUCAUUACACGUGUUCGUCUGUCUCUGAAACAUGAAGUUGAAUUGACAGUUUGGAGUCAGAGGGAGGCUUUUUGUGUCUCUGUUCCCGUGGGCAGAGCCGAGUUAACGCUCAGCAGCAGCAGCAGCAGCAGCAGCAGCAGCACUUUCAUGUCUCUUUACAGUGAAGUGAAGGAGUCAGGAGAGUCUCUCCCGCUGUGAUUCCUCGGAUUGUCGAGGAUGUUGAAGGAGAGUCGCUCAAGCUUUUGUUCUUUUUAACCACUCAGAGAAAAACGCCGCUUAGCCUGUUUACAGCUCGACGUUUCCUCUCCUGAUUCAGAUAUAUGAGAGUGAACUCAGACUGGCAGGUGGAAAACGACCCAGAGACACAAAGAGUUUCAAAUAAAAGACUGUGAAAGACUGUAAUAGACUGUAAAAGACUGUUGUAAGGUGUGAGAAUAAAAAAAAACAUUUCUGUGUUUCCUGACGGAUCUGUUUCUGUCUGUGUCUCUGCAGGAAACUGAGAUCGCCCCAGACUGCAAUCAUGUGAGUAUCCUCUAAACAAAACACACACACACACACACACACACACACACACACACACACACACACACACACACACACACACACACACACACACACACACACACACACACAUUCACCAACACUGGAGUUUUUAUCGAGAUUGAGAGGAAACUUAAGAGGGCCGAUCGAUGAUCUGUUUUUGUUCUCCUCCAGUUCGAUCAUCCAGCCUUCUUGUUCUUUCUGCAAAAUUAUGGAUCAGAAAAACCAGAACUCGCUCUUACUCACAAACUUCAAACACACCCAGACCUGGUCUUACAGGGUCCAUUUUAGAGCCUGACCAAUAUGGAUUUUUUUGGGCUGAUACCAAUACCAAUUAUUAGGGGGAAAAAAUCUGAUUACCGAUUAAUCGGCUGAUUUUUAAAAAUUUUUAUGAAGUUAUAAAAAACAUAUAUGUACUGUAGGCUACUGCUCUUCCCGCCGACAGGAAGACCGACUGAUCAAACUCAGACCGAAAAAUCGUUUUCAACCCCCCCCCCCCCCGAUCGUUUUCUCCGCAUCUUCACUCCCGUUCCUCAUUUCCGGUCCGGUUUCAUCUGUAGACCUGCAGCUGCCUCAGUCAGAGAAUUACCUCGAUCACUAAUGUGUUCUGUUGUUUAUUCUACCGUUACUGGCACGGCUAACAGUGUAGCAAGGCUAAUAGCAGGUGGCUAACUCUAACUUUAGCUUCAUAUCCCAUGGUGCGUUAAGUGGGCGUGACCGAGACCAGCACAGCGGGGAACAUGGUGAAGUGGGUUGAACUGAAACUUGUUGACUUAUUGUGUUUUUCACAAACUGGUUUAUUUCCCGUUGAGGCGGACCACUCUCCUCCGUGUCCCUGAGCUGCUGCUUCAGAUCCGUCACUCUGCUGUGCUGUGAGGUAGUUAGUGGAUGAAGAUUGUCAUGAGGUCGCUGUAGCGCCAUCUUCAGGAUAAGUCUGGGAACUUUUCAAAUGGAAUAUUUUCAAAGUGAAUCCGAAUCUUAUUCUCCGCAUUUUAUUUCUGAAAAUAUCGCUGAAAAUCGGCGAGUUUUGGCUAAUUACUGAUUUGUCUCAAACGGGAUAAAAUUGGCCGAUUUAAUCGACUCGCCGAUAAAUCGGUCGGGUCUUAGUCCAUUUGUGGGACACUUCUUAACGACAAUCUUUGCACAAUUCUUCACUAAAACCUCUGAUUCCCAUAAUCACAUUAAAGUAGUUUUAUCCGUGCUCAGAGUCAAAAACACUAAAAACACAAAAACACUAAAAACACAAAAACACUUUAAACACAAAAACACUAAAAACACAGCGGUCAAGGUUCGCUCUCUGAUUCUCAGACCACAGUGACGAGGUGAACAGGUUCAUAAUCCAAGUUAGGAUCUUCAGCUGAGGUUCCUGCAGAACCUCCACAAACGCUCCUCCUCCUCCUCCUCCUCCUCUCUGACAUUCAUCCUGCGGUUCCUGCUUCUCUCCGUCUCGGUCUGUCGGAUGAUUAACCUUCAGACUUCACUGCAGUUCACAGCAGACAGCUUUAUGAAACGCCACGAGGUUAAUCGACCACUUGAGCAGUCUUUAUCACAGCACUGAAGGAGCUCUGCUGCAAUUAACAUGUCUCUAUCUCUGUCUCACACACACACACACACACACACACACACACACACACACACAAACACACACACACACACACACACACACACACACACACCGGAGGACUCCUGUUUUGUUGUGGUGUUAUUUUCCAGGCGGUCAAACUGUCAGAAGCUUUUAUCUGCUGCUGCUGCAGCUGCGGCUCGACUGUCAGAGACAUGAAUAAAAAAGAGCAGAAGGAGAGAGAGAGGAGAGGAGAGAGAGAGAAAGAGAGAGAGAGAGAGAGAGAGAGAGAGAGAGAGAGAGAGAGAGAGUUUCUAGAUAAAAGAGAGAGAGAGAGAGAGAGAGAGAGAGACGUCUUUAUAGAAUUAAACAACAUCCAAAAUGACUCAAUGUCACUCUCAGAGAAGCUUUGUUCUGAUCCUCUAGGUCAGUCUGAGACUGAGGAGACAGUUUGGAGACUUUUAGACAGAUUUUAGAAAGACAGAUCCAAACUUACAGACAAUAAUAUCGAGACAGACUCCAUAAACUCUGUCAUUUCCAUAAUGUAUUCAUCAGACUCUCCAUCUGCAUACUAAACACUGACUAAACACUGACUAAACACUGAUGUCUGCUGAACUACCGCAGGAGGUGAAAACUGUUUUAUCAGGACAGAAAAUAACAAACAAACAAACAAAUAUGGAAACGAGACACACGACCACGAAAACAUAAAGAUCCAAGUACAGUUCAGUUAACCUCAGCUAACUAGGAAGGAAGGGAAGGAAGGAAGAAAGGAAGGAAGAAAAGCAGAAAGAAAGAAAGAAAAAGAAAAUGAAAUAAAGAAAAAAGCAAGGAAGAAAGAAAAAAGGAAAAAAGCAAGGAAGAACGAGAGAAAAAAAAAGAAAGAUAAAAAUAAAGGAAGGAAGAAAGAAAUAAAGGAAGGAAGAAAGGAAAGAGGAAAGAAAGAAAGAAAGAAAGAAAGAAAGAAAGAGAAAAAAAGAAAGGAAGGGAGGGAGGAAGGAAAGAGGAAAGAAAGAAAGGAAGGAAGGAAGAAAAAAGAAAAAGAAAAUGAAAUUAAGAAAAAAGCAAGGAAGAAAGAAAGACAGAAGCAAGGAAGAAAUGAAAGGAACAAAGAAAGAGAGACAGAAAGAAAGAAAGAAGCAAAAAGCAAGGAAGAACUAGAGAAAGAAAGAAAGAAAGAUAAAAAUAAAGGAAGGAAGAAAGAAAAAAGAAAGAGGGAGGGAAGGAGGAAGAAGGAAAGAAAUUUUAAAAGCGAGGUCAAAUGAAAAAAACUGUAAUGACCUCUGCUCACCACAGGUGUCGCCAAAUACAACAAAGAGAGGUCUUUGUGUUUUCAGGUGUCCUUCACAGAGGAGCUUUAAUCAGGUUAGAGUAAAACGAGCAGAAAACUGCAGCUCCUCAGGUCAACAUCGUCACCUUUAUGUCCAUUUAAAGUCAAACAGAGAAGGAGACUCCAUCAACACCACCAUCAUCAACACCACCAUCAUCAACACCACCUGUGUUUAAACGUCAGUCUCUGCAGAUAAACAUGUUUUGGUUUAUAUCUCUCUAUUCAGACACUAACCUCAGAGGAAAACAGGACCCCCUCUCUUGUAAAAAAUCUGUUUUUGUGUUUUUCUUUAAAGCUGCCGUCUCUAAUCUCCUCUGUAUCCGCACACAGAGGUUGUUCAUUUUAUAUAUUUAUGUGUCGUCUCCUCUCUCCUUCAGCUCCUGUGGAAUUACAAACUCAAUCUGACCACCGAUCCAAAGUUCGAGUCUGUGGCCUCCGAGGUCUGCAAGAGCACCAUCGCUGAGGUCAGUGAGCGCCGCAGGAAGACUCGGCGUUUGGGCUCGCUGUCAGGACGGAUGAAUCCUGAAUGUGCUGUCAGACAAAAAACACUAAAAAAACACAAACUGCAGUAUUUUUAGAACUGAUUUAGACUCAGGAUCAGAACUGAAGUCCCAGUAACUUAGAGCUGAGUGUGGAUCAGAACCAGAAUUUAGGCUCCAUGACUGUAUUCACUCUCGGACCUCUAAUGUCCUAUCAGUCAUUUUAAUCAAUAAUUAAUCAAUAAUCUUUGUUUCCCUCACCUUUGAAUCCCUCAGAUUAAGGAGUGUAACGAAGAAGAAAGGGGGAGGGGCUACCUGGUGUCCUGCCUGGUGGAUCACCGUGGUAACAUCAGCGAGUACCAGUGUAACCAGUACAUCACCAAGAUGACCAGCAUCGUCUUCAGCGACUUCAGGCUGAUCUGUGGAUUCAUGGACAAGUGCAAAGACGACAUCAACAACCUCCACUGUGGGAGCAUCAACGUGGGGCAGAAGGUCAGUCUGGACUCUGAGGAGCUUCAGUCUGGACUCUGAGGAGCUUCAGAGGAGCUUCAGUCUGGACUCUGAGGAGCUUCAGAGGAGCUUCAGUCUGGACUCUGAGGAGCUUCAGUCUGGACUCUAAAGGAGCUUCAGUCUGGACUCUGAGGAGAUCAAAUUAAUCUGUGUCUCUCUCUCUUUCUCCUUUCGUCCUUCCUACAUCUUCGUCUCCUUUGUCCUUUCCUUUCUCUCGUCUCCUCAGGACGUCCACUCUCAGGGCGAGGUCAUUUCCUGUCUGGAGAAGGCGUUGGUGAGGGAGGUGGAGCAGAAAGAUCAGGCCCAUCCAAUCAAAGAGGAGUGUCAGAGGGCGAUCCUGCGGGUAGCCGAGCUGUCGUCGGACGACUUCCACCUCGACCGCCAUCUUUACUUCUCCUGCCGAGACGACCGCGAGAGAUUCUGUCAGAACGUGAGGAGACCUUUACAGACACACAAAGACCCGGUUCUUCUCUCAGAUCAUUCUGGUCUUCAGUCUUAGAGUCCAGGAUCACCCUGGACACACAUGUAGUCCUGUUUGUGGUCUUAAAGAGGUCCAACUGUUAUUUAACGAUAACUCUUUAUAGAGUUUGUCAUUUAAAUUUGUUAAAAAGUGUUUAAAUCUUUGUUCUUGGAUUUUUGUCCCUCUGUAAAAAACGUUUUUACCGUCUGAUCAGAUUUUAGCCGCCAUGACCUGAAGAGGUUUUUAUUCUAAGAUAAACCGGAAAUACAAACUUAACUGCUGCGAUGAAUAAAAGAGUUCCUGUUAAGUUCUUAAAAUACAAAGUUUUUUUAUUCUAAGAAACCAAAGUCACAUUUUAAAAACUUCUUUAAAGUCUUUUUGACUCAUUAGGAACUCUUCAGUCCGGAUUUUUUCUCUCGGGUUUGUCAGGUUAUAUAUAAACAGACACGUUUUAUAGUAAAUCAGAUAAGCUCGCACCAGCUCAGAUCAGAGGUUUUUAAGUGAGACGGACUUUCACAGGUUCGAUCUGCUGAAUUAGUCCUGAAUCAGGAGCAGAGACCCGGAUCCUGGAGGUCCUUGUUGAUCAUCAGCGUCUCUUUUCUUCUCUGCAGACUCAGGCAGGAGAAGGAAAAGUCUACAAGUGUCUGUUCAACCACAAGUUUGAAGAAGCCAUGUCAGAGAAGGUACCGGACCCGACCAGACCGACCCCCAUCCUGCAGACCGGACCUGCUGCAGACUGACGUGUUUCUCCUCCUCUCUCCUCCACAGUGCCGUGACGCCCUGACCACCCGUCAGAAGCUGAUCUCUCAGGACUACAGGGUCAGUUACUCUCUGGCUAAAGCCUGUAAACUGGACCUGAGGAAGCAGCGCUGCAGUCUGGACACCAACCUGCCCCGAGCCCGAGAGGCCCGCCUCUCCUACCUGCUGCUGUGUCUGGAGGCUGCCGUGCACCGCGGUGAGAGGAGGAACUUUUCACAGGAACCGGGGUCUAGAUUUAGUUCUGGGUUCAAAAGCUCCCGCUGAGGUUCUGGAGAUGAUUGUAGUUACGUUAAAAAAAACAGGUUGUGUUCGGUGCUGCCCACGCUCAUAUUACUGGGUCAGCUAAACUAUCUUUGUACCGACUUCUGUCUGAUGAGAUCAAAUAAAACUCUCUGAUCUGAUCGAGAAGAAACAUCAUGAAUCAACGAAACAUGAACUUUAAUAAACUAACGAUUAGGGAUGGGUCCGAAUAUUCGGCGCCGAAAAUAUUCGGCCGAAAAGCAUCAAAAAUGAAUUUCUGGUUUUCGGCCGAAUAGAUGUUAUGGCCGAGAAAAAUUCACCGAAUAAUGUGGAUAAACAUGGGUCUAGUAUGAACUCUCAAAAACGGAAAACGCAGACGGCGCUGUUUUCCCUGUUUUAGUAGCAUGUUGAUGACGUAAUCGGAACGCGACAAGAGGCAAGCCGGUGUUGUGCCGUAGAAAGCACCCCCGUCGUAGAAUGCACCCCCUGCCUCCCAUCCACUCGUUAGCUUCUUAAAGUGGAAGAAAAUGAUCUCAUAUUUUAAAAAACACGACUAUUUGAUCGUUACAACUUUCGUUCUGAUUUUAUGUGUCUCAAAAAUGCACAUACGGAGGUGUGCUUGGGUAUAUAAACUACAGUAAACUGUCAAGCUGGCAUACAUUAUAUUUUCGGGACAGCAAAUAUUCUGAAUCAGAGGGCUAUUUUUUCGGCUUAUCUGAAUAGCCUGAGUGAAACUAUUAAAGGCACACGCUUUUGAGUUCAUCCAGUGGUAAGGAAAACUUCUUACCAUUAUUUUCGCCUUGUUAAGUACUUUCAACCGCGCUCCCGUCGGGGGUGCAUUCUACGGCACAACACCGGCAUGCUGAUACGACGCACACGAUACGUGCAGCUGUCUUGGCUCGAAGCCGUUCAACCGGCGUGUCUGCGGUUUGGAAAUAUUUCGACAUAUCAGAGAAAGAUGGUCUGAUGGCAAUUUGUAAACUCUGCUAUGCUGAAGUGUCUCGAGGUGGUGUGACGGCAAAAACUUUCAGUACAUCGGG